AAAACUAUUUCCGGUCAUUGUUUGUAAACAUUCCGACGUGACUGGAGUGAAUCUAAGUACCUCCAAUUACUUUAAAAUUUGGUACUAAAUCAAAACUUUUUGAAAUUAAAGUUCAGAGAAUGAAAGCAAAUCUAAAUAGAAUAUUCGUUUGUGUAUUCGUCUCGCUCUGUUUGAUUGAUUGCACAUGUAUCGACAUUUCCUCGACGAUAAAGAAGCUGUUUGUGAGAGUUAAACAAUCACAGGUUCAGAAAUCAACGAAAGGUUUUCCUCCUUUUUCAUGGCAAAAGGAAAAAGGACUCUUUGAAAGUCAUGUCAAACUGUAUUUUCAUGGAUCAUUUAGCGAGUUUAUUCUUCGUGAAGGAUUCGAAAUAUUUGACAACAAUAAUUUUGCUACUGCUUGGAUUACCACAGCUCUUUUGGAGAUACAUUGCUUAGGAAGUAAUGGAACCUAUAUUGACGAAGAAUUGAUUUUCAAUGCAGUCAAGGCCAUGGGAAACUUUGUUGAUAAAAAUCACCAGUUUAAUACCUCCAUCGAAACAUUUUGGCCUCAAGAAUACAAUGAAACCGUGGAUACAUGGCAGAGUACUCCUACAAAUUUGUUAAAACUUUUUGCUCUGUCCAAUGAUAUUCCGUGGUCUGUGAUUUUAAAUCUCUUGCAGAGACUUGGUAUAACUGAUGUUGAUGUCAUAAAUACAAUCAAACAGUUGUUACAAGAGAGAGACGCAUACAUAAAGGCCUUUCAUAUUCCUCCAGAUUUUGAUGACACGUUUCUGAAUAUUGGCAUAGGAUCAUUGCUGAAAGAAACAGCUGAGUCUUUCUCCCCGUCCUUCGAGAUUUGGGCAGAAAGAAAUUCAAAUCUAACAUCAAUAUUAAUUGCACUUAAGAAGUAUGCAUACAGACCUAUGUCAUCAGACACCAAAGUUAACUCAGUAGACCCAAGGUCAUACUUCUAUUUACGAGGGUUCUUGGAAAAAGCCAAAAAUGCUGGGGAAACAAUUGCUUUAGUAUCUACUUGGGUUCAAAACAUAGACGAGGCAAGAAAAAGCUUUUAUAAAGGAAAUGUUAUGCCAUUCAAUGUGAAUAAUGUUGACAUCACUGUGGCUGCCAAUGCUAUUUAUGGAUUGACAAAUGGCAUUCUAACAGGUCUGGUACCCAUGUCUGUAAUGGAAGACCCGGAUAUUCAGCAAAUUUACCUGAACACAUCAGCAUUGAUUGCAUAUGAAAUCAAUACAAAUUUGACUGACAGGAAGGAUUUGGCCUUGACCUACUAUCCUUCAGAGUUCGAAUUCUACUGGUUUGUGUCCAGGAUAUUCAGUAAACUACAGGAACAACAACAUAGUUUACAUCCAAUUAUGAGGCGAGUUUGGAAGAUUUUGGGAGAAGCAUUGUUUGGCAAGAUGACAUCCCGCCUUCUGACGUCAUACAAUACCGAUGACGAUGGCUUAGUGUAUUUUGAUGACUUUCUAGGGGAUGGGGAUAGAUCGCUUUUCAAUAAGACAAUUAAAAGAAGCGAAGAUAGAAUAUUUACGACAUCGAUGGCUGUCAAUGCUCUGUUGACCACGUGGACGUCAUAUGAAUCUGCAAGGAAAUGUCUGAUCUGGAGUAAAGGAGUUCCAGCAAAAGUAGUGGAUUUAGUCAGGAAAGCUGUCAAAUGGAUUUGUAAAAAUGCCUUGACUGGAAAGUAUCGUCCAUGGAAUGCUUUUUUCUCGGGUUCAGUGAAAAGUUUUAAAUCCAUGCCAUGGUGGUAUCCAUCAAACCGGAAGGAGUACCUGAACGGAACUUCUAUCGCAGACGACACUCAUAUACCAAGUAGUGACACGAUUAUAGCAAUGCAGGGCGUGGUGUCCCCGGAAUGGUAUCAACAGCAGCUAAAGCAGAAACAUUUUGGCUUUCACGUUCCCAUUGUGUUUCAUGGAUAUAACGCUGAGAAAUCCCCAUUCCCAUUCUGGAGUUCAGAACCUUACACUUAUGUCUCAGCAAUGUUAUCACUGGUCAAAUAUAAUAGUGUGACAAUGUAGUAUACCAUAUGAUACUUUGAUAUACCACAUCGUCUUUCCAUUCUCGUAAUUUGUGACACACACACACACACACACACACACAUAUAUAUAAUUCCAAUGUUAUUUAUCACAUUUGUUUUGAUUGGACAAAAAUAAAGCUGAACAAGGGUUUAUACAUCAAUAAAUCCGAAAACGCGAUGUAUUCAUACACGCCUGAAAACAAAUAACAUAGUUCGGGGAAAAUAUUCAAAUUUUUGCAAUUGUUAAUAAAGUGAAUGAAUUGGAAUUAUAAGAAUCAAACAUUCUUUUUGAAGAAUUUAUCGAUGUGUAAACUCCGGACAUUUCACUCACAAACUUAACAUAAAAGUGCUUCGCACUUUUAUUCAGUUUGUGAGUAAAAUUUCCGGAGUUUACACAUCGAUAAAUUCUUCAAAAAGAAUGUUUAAUCCUAUAAUAUAUAUAUGACUGCCGUCAUGAGAAAAGGGCCCUUAUCUCUCGACGUCACAAUUCACAGAAAACGACGUCAAAGUUCCUGAACUUGAAACGUCAAAAUCGCGGCAACGUAGACCCGGAAGUAAUCUUGUCGGCUGCGUUUGUUCAACAUCCUGGGUACAUGUACGUUGUUUACAUAGAAUUCCUACAUAAAAUACUACUGGGUGUUUACUGCCUGAGAAGAAAACCUAAUGGAUUAUCUGGUAAAAAUUAUAAUUUCAUUUGUACAAACAUUUAUUUAAAGCUGUUUGUAUUUACAAUACUGAAAUCAUCUCGUAUGUUAUGUAAUAGUACAAUCGGAACCUAUAUAUAUAUGUGUGUAGUAUACAUCAAUGUAAUUUACAUGUAGUGUUAUUCAUUCAAAUCUAGUAUGAUCGCGGUCACAUCAACGUAAUCUUUUUUCAUAAAACUUUGCAACACCGCUGACGGUGUAUGAUGAUAAAACUAUAUGAUGUUGCAUUGUUGAUUUUUACUAAUACUCACCAAAUUAUGAUAUAUGUUUUCCUAACUGGUUGACGUACAAAAAAUAAUGUUGAGCAUUAUGCAUAGGUUUUUGCAACCUAUCAACAACAAUCAUGACGGAUUCACCAUAAAGGAUUAAAAAAAAUUACAGAGAUUUAAGUUUAAGUUAAACACAAUAAAUGUUAAAAAUAAUUGAUCUAAGCGGAGUAUAAGUAAGAAAUAAUAAUCAAGGUUAUCAAGCACAUUUAACGUUUUUAGGUAUUCCAUCCCCAUUGAGCCGUAAAAAUAUUUCCUUAAGAAUUAAUCAAAUCGAGGAAUUUUGGCAAAUGUACUAUAGAACAUACAAAAGGAUGAAGUUUUACUGAGAAACAAUUUAAAAUUUUCCUCAGGAUCAGAAGAUAUGGCCUAACUUACAAAUGUAACAUGGAAAAAGUAUAUUUGUCAUGAAUAAAAAUAAAAGGAAUGAUAAUUUGGGGGGAAAAAAAGCUUUUGGUGAAAAAAUAAUCUAAUGAGUGCAUAGGUCACCGUGCAGAUUUUAUAGUGAAUAUCAUAUUUGUUUUCUUCUAAAUUCAGCACGGAGACGCAUCUAAUAAUUAACACUAAUUGUUAAUUAAAAGUUGGUGUUCAUAUAUUCUAUUCAGUGUAAAUUAUUUGCUUUUAAACUUCUUCUAAAGUUAAACCGAAAUGGUUUUGUAGGAUCUUGAGGAAGUAAUACGGGAAUUCUUUCCGCGGACAGAAAACAAUAUUGAGCAAGAUGCGUGUAAUGAUGAGCCUCCUCUUUCUGAACUCAUAGAAUCUGAUGUAGAAAUGAUACAUAGACUUGCGUCAAACUAUAUACAAGACGAAAUACAAGGUUGUGUUGUGUUUGAGGAGGAUUCUAGUUUAGACACUCUGAGAGAGAAUGUUUCACACAUUUGUUGUCAUAUGAAAUGCUUUGAAAAUUUUACAUAUGUCGAGAUUGAAGAACAUAUAUUCACGAUGCGAGAACUAUCUCGAGAUGAGAAAGAUAUGUAUAUAAUGGGAAAACUUAAGAGCAAAAGUACCGGAAUCGACACAAGUCAAAGAAAGCGGCAAAGAUAUACAUUGUAUAUGCAGGUACUUUCAUGUAGAAUGUAUUAUCUGAUUUCCCCCAAAAUCUUAUGUUGAAGAUUUCUUUCGUCAUUUGGUAUUGUAAUAAAUGACAAAUUUUCAAUCUCAAUCAUUCUUUUGUUCAGAUUUUUUAUGACAGCAAAAACGAGCUACGGUGAGCAGAGUUUGGGUAAUAGAAGCUGAUAAACAUAAAAUCAAUAUUAUGGAACAUAAUAGCAUUUAUGUUUAAAGCGUAUAUAUGUGUCAUUUACCCUAUUGGGGACCUCAUAUAACUUUACCCUGUUGGGGGCCUCAAGUUUGUUAGCCAAUCAAUGGCUUGGAUAGGCACGCGAUAGCUUGUGUUUUGCAUACGUUAGCCUUUUCAUAUACAUGGGAUUCAGUGAAUACAAAUUGUAAAGCGGAUCAAAGUUUUUUCAUUUUGUUCAACCCUCCACCACCCCAACUUUCCGCCCUCAAUAUGGAGGUUUACUCCGGUGCUAUGCAAUCUUUUUAUAUAGGCUUUUUCGUCAUUUGGGUUGGCCUUAUUUGUUCGCCAUCUUUUUGCUCUGGGUUUGUUUUGAUGAAUUUUUAUUUGUCAUCUUAUAGCGUAGCAUUAUUUAAGUUAUUUUGUCUUUUUUGGGGAAAUCAGACUUUGAGUAAUUUAGCUUUGCAGGUACUUUCAUGUAGAAUGUAUUAUCUGAUUUCCCCCAAAAUCUUAUGUUGAAGAUUUCUUUCGUCAUUUGGUAUUGUAAUAAAUGACAAAUUUUCAAUCUCAA